CUCUCUCUCUCUCUCUCUCUCUCUCUCCUCUUUUCUCCUCUCCUCUCCUCUUUCUAUCUGCAUCUCUCUUCUCUCUUUGGACAGACCCUACAAGACUGACACCGACACCUCUUCACAUGGAGAUACACUAAUGUAAUAGGCAGGAAGGAACACUGGGUUGCACCCUCUCGGUUCCAGGUGGCCUUAUUUGGGCGACUCGGUCCUGACCUUAUUUCUGUGAUGGAGGAUUCAGGCAUCCAGAGGGGCUUGUGGGAUGGAGAUGCCAAGGCUGUCCAACAAUGCCUGACAGAUAUUUUUACCAGUGUAUAUACAACCUGCGACAUCCCAGAGAAUGCCAUAUUCGGGCCCUGUGUUCUGAGUCAUACUUCCCUCUACGACAGUAUUGCCUUCAUAGCCCUCAAGUCCACGGACAAGAGAACAGUUCCUUAUAUCUUCCGGGUAGACACUUCGGCAACAAAUGGCUCCUCAGAAGGUCUCAUGUGGCUGCGGCUGGUCCAAUCAGCCAGAGAUAAAGAAGAACAGAACCUCGAAGCUUAUAUAAAAAACGGACAGCUGUUUUACCGCUCUCUCCGAAGGAUUGCCAAAGACGAGGAGUUACUCGUUUGGUACGGGAAAGAACUGACUGAGUUACUUUUGCUCUACCCCUCUAGAUCCCACAAAAUGAACGGGUCGUCCCCUUACACAUGCCUGGAAUGCAGCCAACGUUUCCAGUUUGAGUUCCCCUACGUGGCGCAUCUGCGAUUCCGCUGCCCCAAGAGACUUCAUAGUGCUGAUGCGAAUCCCCAAGACCAGCAAGGUGUCGGUGUGGGCACCAAGGACCACGUCGGUGGCGGUGGCAAAGAGCAACAGCAGCAACAGCAACAGCAGCAGCAGCAACAGCAGCAGCAACAGGAGGCGCCCUUGGUCCCGGGCCCCAAGUUCUGCAAAGCCGGUCCCAUACACCACUACCCGGCGCCGUCCCCGGAGGCUAGCAACCAACAAGCCGCCGCAGGUGCGGGCAGCGCCAAACCGUCCACGGACUUCCACAACCUGGCCCGGGAACUGGAAAACUCCCGGGGAGGCAGCAGCUGUUCGGCGGCCCCGAGCGUCGGCGGUGGCCGCAGCGGCCACCAGGAGGCGGAGCUGAGUCCCGAUGGCGUCGCCGCCGGCGGCUGCAAAGGAAAGAGGAGGUUCCCGGAGGAGGCGGCUGCGGAGGGCGGCAGCGCGGGGAUGGCAGGUGGCCGUGCGCGCUUCUCGGAGCGGCCGCUGGCCUCCAAGGAAGAGCUGGUGUGCACCCCGCAACAGUACCGCGCCGCGGGCAGCUACUUCGGCCUGGAGGACAACGGGCGGCUCUUCGCGCCACCCAGCCCGGAGACCGGCGAGGCGAAGCGUAGCGCCUUCGUGGAGGUGAAGAAGGCGGGCCGCGCGGCGGGCUUGCAGGAGGAGGCGGCGGCGGACGGCGCGGGAGGCACAGCAGAGGACCCCGACGCCCGCGGGACCCCGGGGACCGCGGGGGGCGGACAGGCGGCUGCAGCGGACGAGCGCAAGAGCGCCUUCUCGCAGCCGGCCCGCUCCUUCUCGCAGUUGUCUCCGCUGGUCCUGGGACAGAAGCUGGGUGCACUCGAGCCGUGCCACCCGGGCGACGGCGUGGGCCCCACCAGACUCUACCCGGCUGCAGCUGAUCCGCUGGCCGUGAAGCUGCAGGGGGCUGCGGACCUGAACGGAGCCUGCGGGCCUCUUGCCAGCGGCGGCGGCGGUGGCCUGCCCAAGCAGAGUCCCUUCCUCUAUGCCACCGCCUUCUGGCCCAAGAGCUCCGCAGCGGCGGCUGCGGCGGCGGCUGCAGCCGCGGGGCCCCUGCAGCUGCAACUACCCUCGGCGCUCACGCUGCUGCCGCCCUCCUUCACCUCGCUGUGUCUGCCCGCGCAGAACUGGUGUGCCAAGUGCAACGCCUCCUUCCGCAUGACCUCCGACCUGGUGUACCACAUGCGGUCUCAUCACAAAAAGGAGUAUGCCAUGGAACCCCUGGUGAAGCGCCGGCGGGAGGAGAAACUCAAGUGCCCCAUUUGCAACGAGUCCUUCAGGGAGCGUCACCAUCUCUCCAGGCACAUGACCUCGCAUAAUUGAUCGGAAGGACCCCGGCUUUUCACGCGUGUGCACACACAGUCAAGUCACCUGUGGGAGCAGACACGCAAGAACAUCCACCACUUUCUGAUGCCCCCAAACACUGCAACUAAACAUGUGCACACACAGGUCCUUCCCCUGGCCAGGGGCCUCAUCGUCCAAAUGUUUAACCUGGGACACACAUGCACACGCACACGACAGGAUGGUGGGUUUUGGAUCGGGUGGGUUGUUGGAGGGGGUUUUCUUUUGAAUGCACGGAUUUUCACUUUCCCAAAAAACAAAGGUACAUUUAAAAAAAUGUCAUAUAUUGCAACAUAUUGAUGCAUUUGUCAUACGUUUCUACUUAAAUUAUUAAGCACUUAUGGUUUAGAUGUAAUAACUCUAUGUAAGGACAAAAUUUAUUUUAGAUAUAAAGUAAUAGAGGAAGGUGAGAUGCGUUCUGCAUUUCCUGAUGACAGCUGUGUUCUUACGAAAAUAAACAAAAGAAAUAAAAAGGGGGUCACCGUUGAAUUUAAGUUUCCAGGGGGAAGUGCAUGUAUCAUGAAAUGAUUAUGGACUUCAAUGAAGAAUGUCAUCAAUUAUGUAAAUAUGUAUUUCCUUUUAAUACAAAGUGUAACUUUGUGGCAGUGAAAUGGAGUCUGGAUAGUUAUGUGUUUCUUUUAUCCCUAAAAGAUUUAUUAAACUUUAUAGUUUA